AUGGCAGACUCUUAUCUUCGUCUCUCGUUUGGCAUCUUGAACAUCUUUGGAUUAGUUCUCCUAUCUUUUAUACCAUGGCCAACUCCUCCUCCCAUCUUUAUCGGGCUGCCUGCCAAGAUUCUGCAGUUUAUUGCCAUCUUCUACAAGGUUGAAUAUGUGCACAUGAUAUGGCGAUGGAUCAGAUAUGAGCCUGUGCAGGCUCCCUCCAAAGACGACAAGCUACCAUUCAUCAGCAUUGUCAUACCCGUCUUCAACGAGUCCGAGUUUGUGAAAAACUCAAUCAAGUCUAUCGAGCUCUCAGACUAUCCCAAAGACAGGAUUGAGUUGAUUGUUAUCGAUGAUGGCUCUACUGAUGAUACAUGGGAACAUGUCAAUAAGGCUGCAGGCUCGGUCUCCACAUCUGGCAUAACACUUCGACUCUUACAGCAUGCACACAACCAGGGCAAAAGGAAGGCCAUACAAACUGGCUUUGCUACUGCUCUUGGAAGUAUCAUCAUAUCCCUCGACUCAGAUAGCGUCGUGGAGAAGGGUGCACUUCGCAAUAUCGUGAGUCCUUUGAUGAAAGAUCCUUCCAUCGGUGCUGUAGCUGGACACUUGGCUGUGUUGAACAUCUCGAGCAUCAGCGUCUUCUCGUUCCAGAGUCUUUUGCCGCGACUCUUGGAUAUUGUCUUCGAUCAUAUCGGUAACCUACCGCGCUCAGCACUCUCAGCUGAAGGGUUUGUCACGAUCCUUCCAGGUGCUUUCUCGGCCUUUAGGGCAGAUGCCGUUCAAUCUCAUAUCGAUAGGCUAUGUACAAGCACCUUCCUUGGCGCACCUUUGAAACAUGGAGAAGAUAUGGAGCUCGCAUACCGAAUUCUCUGCGACGGCUGGAGGACGGUUUACCAAAGCAACGCUGUCGUUCAUACCAUGGCCCCUGAAAGUCUUGAGAAGGCGUUGCUAAUGUUUUCUCGAUGGGAACGUACCAACUAUACUUUCCUCUGCAUGGGAUACCCGGCUUUGACAGUGCAGAAAACACUGAAGCUCUGGCUCGCGAUGAGGCCCCAACGCGUUCAGUCCCCGGAGUUCGUGGACAAGGAAAAACAGGAAGACGAACCCUUCAUCACCAAAGACGGAACAGGAAGCAUAUAUCCAUUCAUCAACGUGGCAUGCAUCUGGCUAAAAGGACCACUAAUGCUCUUGGUCACUUACACGUUGCUGAGAUGUGUGAUUCUAUACCCCAGACAUGCGCUUUGGAUAUUAUUGGAGAUUUCUAUCCUGACAGUUUGGAGGAGCUUCAUGCUCAUUCCAGAUGCCCUACGGGAGAAACAUACAGACUGUUUAUCGUCUGAGCAGUCAGAUGGUAGCCCGCAAGGGCCUAUGGAUGCCAUGAAGGAACAAUUCGCAUUCGGAAAUAUUGCACUUGAUGAUAACGAGA